UUAGUCUUCUGGGGUUGGGGGGUUUAGUUUCCUGGGGGUCGAGGGUCAGGGUGGAUGGGUUUCCUGUCCGCCUCCUGCAGCAUCAGGACGCAGCCAUGCUGCGUGGCGGUGAGGCUGCGGCGGUCGGGGUUUCCAAGGAGGAGGUGGAGAAAGCAGAGGAGGUGGGCAGAGGGUUGCUGAGUGGGAAUCGGUGGCGAAGCCUCUUACUGGUUUCUCUGGUCAGGCAGUGGGAGGAAGGUUUUCUCAGCUGAUUCUGUAGAUUUCUGCCUGUUUUUGCUUCUUCAUGUGACUCUAAUCUGUAAAAGCAGAUUUGAACCAGAUCUGAACGAUUGAUCUUCUCCCCCCAGAGCCCUGGAGGUCAUGGCGGGCAGCCCAGAGAACAUCCCCCUGGGGGAGUGCGCCCUCUCCCAGGACCGGCUCACGCCGCCCAGCCACGCAGCCAGCACCGUCUUCUCUCUGUCCCGCAGCGAGUCGCUCUGGACCACGGAGCCGCCGCCCAAACUAUGCGACGUCUUCUGGUUCCCCAUUCACUUCAUGUCCACCGGGGGCGGCUUCCUGGCCUGCGGCAUCAUCAUCAGCGGCCUGUGCUUCGCCGGCCCGUGCGAGCGGCCCACCGCCCUGCUGGGGCCGGCACUGCUGUCCAUCGGGCUGAUGGUGCUGGUGGUGGGGGUGGUGCUCAUCCCCAUCACCAAGAAGAACAAGAAGCGCUCCCACAUGCGGAGGCCCCUCAGCUACUACAAGCCUCCGGUCGUCAGCGUGUGACGUCAUCGGGGGUUUCCCGGGAACACGGUUUCAGCAUGAGAUUAAGAUAUUUAUGAAGCAUUUCUGCUCACCGCCCGGGGCAGCGGCCGGUCCGCUGUGCAUGACGGCGGCCGGGUGGAGAGCUACACUGUAAAACAUUAACGGCAAUGUUACGUUGACUUAGUCUGUCGUGUUACAUUUAUAAAUGUCAGAAUCACAAAGUAAAUGUUUAGUUAUAAAUAUGAAGUUAACAGACUGCAUAUUUAGUUCCAGACUAAAUGCUUAGUUUAUAAGCUAAAUAUUUAGCCACAAUUCCCUGCCAGCAUGCGUAGGGGGGCCCCAUAUGGGGAAAUGAGGGCAGACAUAUGGGUCCCA